UAAAUAGGCUCUCUGGCCUAUUGCAUUAAACCUAAUAAUCAGUUACAAUGGCUACAGUAAGAAUGUUUCUACUUAUAUUUGCAACUGUUAUUUUCGUUGGUUCUGCAGCUUCUACAGAAUUAUCUCUCUACAUUCCUUGGAUGUGUACAAAUGCGAAUCAGUGUUCUGAACCAUGCAGAGUUAGACUAAGUUACCAGUAUCCAGGUUGUGAGCCAUCUAGAACACGCUGUUUCUCUAAUGGAUGUGUUUGUUAUUGUAUUGAAUAAAAAUUUAUUUGAUUAAAGAGGAGCAGUGCUGUAAUAGAUAUUUACUUAUAUGUACGAUAAAAAAUAAAAGUUUACAUGGCUUUUUGAAGACACACGUGUAUAUUAAUAACUAGGUAUUCUCCGCAGUUUCACCCGCC